AAUUAGCAACCCUGCCCGCCCGUGCCUAUAGUCGGUCGGUCGGUCAUAAGAAAAUGCAUACGAUAUUAGAAACGAUCAUCCCAUCAAGUCUCAUUCUAUGAGAAUCUCCCGUUUAAAGCUCUUGGGAUUCAAACGGUUUGUAAGAUAGCCGCUCUUCAAGCUUCGAUGAUCCUUUCAAGAACAAAGGGCAUCUAUCAAACACAACUAGUUCAAAUCCGGCAUUGCUUCAAUCACAUCCAUUCUCAAGCAUACCGCACCGUUCGUCCCACCAAAUCCAAAACCAUACCUCGCCACGAACAACGACCCUUCAGACAUCCCCAGAAGCCUCGCAAACCCAUUCCUUUCGUCACCAAUGUCAAAGAGGUACGAGACCCAGACGAGGCCUUAUGUCUCUUCCACGAGUACCACCAAACUGGCUUCAAGCACGACUAUCCCUCUUACUCCGCUCUCGUGUACAAGCUUGCUCGCUCUCGCAACUUUGAAGCUGUAGAGACCAUUCUUGGUCUUAUACAGGACCGAAAUAUUCGGUGCAAAGAGACCCUUUUCAUUGCUUUGAUUCAACAUUAUGGGAAAGCCCAUUCCGUGGACAAAGCUAUUGAGCUUUUUCAUAGAAUGCCUUCUUUUAAUUGUGUCCGUACACUGCAGUCUUUUAAUGCGCUUCUUAAUAUACUUGUUGAUAGUGACCGGUUUUUGGAUGCAAAUGAGAUUUUCGCUCGUUCUCGCCAAAUGGGUGUUCGCCUGAAUUCAAUUUCGUUUAAUGUAAUGAUAAAAGGCUGGCUUGGGAAGGGUGAGUGGAAACAAGCUUGCGAGGUGUUUGAUGAAAUGCUUGAGAGAAACGUGCAACCGAGUGUCGUGACAUAUAAUAGUCUUAUCGGGUUUUUGUCUAGAAAGGGCAGUUUGGACGAAGCAAUGAGUUUGCUUGAGGAUAUGAUGCAGAAAGGAAAACAUCCAAAUGCGGUGACAUAUGCGUUGUUGAUGGAAGGUUUGUGCUCUGUUGGAAAGUAUACAGAAGCAAAAAAGAUGAUGUUUGAUAUGGAGUAUCGAGGGUGUAAGCUGCAGCUGGUGAAUUAUGGUGUUUUGAUGAGUGACCUUGGAAAGAAGGGGAAGAUUGAGGAGGCAAAAUCUCUACUUCACGAGAUGAAGAAAAGGGGUUUUAGGCCCGAUGUUGUGACGUAUAAUAUAUUGUUAAAUUACAUGUGCAAGGAAGGUAGAGUGACUGAGGCUUAUAAAGUUUGGAUUGAAAUGCGGCUUGGAGGUUGUAAGCCGAAUGCAGCUACAUACCGGAUGAUGGUUGAUGGAUUUUGCAGGGUUGGUGAUUUUGAAGGAGGUUUGAAGGUAUUGAAUGCAAUGUUGACAGGUAGGCAUUAUCCACGCUCAGAAACAUUUAAAUGUUUGUUGGUGGGACUGUUGAAUUGUGGGAAGAUAGAUAAUGCCUCUUUUGUUUUGGAGGAGAUGGAGAAGAUAAAGAUACGUUUUGAUUUGGAGGAUUGGGAAGCCUUAAUCAGGGAUGCUUGUAGUGGAGAUAGAAGUUCCUGUGGGCUUCUAACUGAACUGGUUACUGCUAAAAAAUGUGUAAGGGAAGAUUGUGUGACAUUGUUAUGACAUUUAGUGGUUGUGGUGGUAAGGCCCUGUCACCAGGGUAAUUGAUGCUUGAGCUUAACAAUCGAUGGGGUCCUCCAGGCUUUAGAUACACUAGGAAUCAUGUAAGUUCUGAGUGAAAUGGCAACAAGUAGACAUCUCUAUGAAGAGUGAUCGUUUGUUGGUUGUUUGCCUAACUGCACAUAUAAUCCUUUCUUUCGGUAUGUAUGGAAAAGGGGAGAUAUGAUUUUGCAAGCCUCGGUGAGCUCUAAUUACUGAUGCUUGUGGUGGAUCGGUAGAGGUGCUGGUGAUUCGCAAGAACCAAUCUUUGCUCAUUGGUAGGCUUCAGGAAGUGAACAAGAUUUGAUGGUUGAACAUUAAUAUAUAUAUAUAUAUAUAUUAUUUCACUUUCCAUGGUUAUUUUGAUGCCAAGGUUUAGGUGCCAUUUGGAUACUGAGUUGAGAUAAUAUGAGUUUAAAUGAAGGUUAAAAGUUGAAUAAAAUAUUAUUAUAAUAUUAUUUUUUUAAUAUUAUUAUUGUUUUGAGAUUUGUAAAAAUUGAAUUGUUUAUUAUAUUUUGUGUGAGAAUUUAAGAAAGUUAUAAUGAUGAGAUGAGAUAAAACAUUUUCACUAUUCAAACGGGCUGCUUUCUUUUUAAGUUCUUGGGCAGGAUGGAGUAACUACUACCUACUAACUAGUAGCACUGGAAUUUAUAUGAAUCCUAGUUGAGUAAACUCUCUAGUUGCGCUCCUAAAAUCCAGAUCAACCUCUAUAGAAGGGCGUCGGAUGCUACCAUGGUCAUGUUUAGGUAGGAAAGUUACCUCCUGUUGUCCACUCGUACCCUUGUUGUAGAAUAAUUUGACAAGACAUUGUCACGCUCUGUAAUAUUGUACGGGAUGAAGAGGAUUUCUUCCUAUAUCUUAUUGGAUCCAAAUUAAAUUAGAAUGGCUUUUCCAGA